GAUAUUUUUGCACAUCCCUAGUCUAUGAUAUUAUUUAUCCUAACCUAUAUAUCACUUUCACUGACAAGAUUAUUUCUAAUUAUCAAAAAGACAAUUGUUUAUUGUUUCUCUACUACAUCUUAGAUCUGUAUAAUAAUCAAUAUGUUGCCUUUAUCGUUAUUGAGAACUGCCCAAAAUCAUCCUAUGCUGGUGGAACUCAAGAAUGGGGAAACUUACAACGGUCAUCUUGUAAGCUGUGAUAAUUGGAUGAACAUAAACUUGAGAGAAGUUAUUUGUACAUCCAGGGAUGGUGACAAAUUUUGGAGGAUGCCUGAGUGUUAUAUUAGGGGUAGUACAAUUAAAUAUUUGCGUAUACCAGAUGAGGUAAUAGAUAUGGUAAAAGAAGAAGCUGUUGUUAAGAAUAGAGGCAAAGAGCAAAAAAUUGGUGGUAGAGGAGGUGGUGGAGAUCGUCAAAUGCAAAGAAAUAGACCAGCUGCUCGAGGCAAUUUUGGUGGGAGAGGAAGCAAACCUGGACAACCCAACAAAAAACCACUUUUUCAAAAUAAAAAACAGUAAUUACAUUUUGGUUAUACCUUCGUUUGUAAGAUACAUUAAUACUAAUAUCUGUUUGAAAUUAGUACUCCUGGACUUAUGCUUCGUUACUGGAUUUGUAAAUAAUAACUUUUCAACAUGAUUAUAAUGAAUUUCAUUAUAUUCUCAAUGAAUUUAGUUGUUUGACAAUAUAGAUAAUUUUUUUGUAUGAAAAUCAUGAUUUCGUUUUUUAUUGUAAGGAUAAUUUAUAUUCAUUUUGUUUCGAGUACGAAUGCCACUUAAAACAAAGUUUUUAAGAUUCAAUAAACUUUCUAAAAAUGUU